AUGACUCCCGCGUUGGAUAAACGACAAUCCCUCAUCCUCAACAUAGCGGCAGCUUAUCUAGACGAUACGCCGGAUCGUCUAGGGGAGAAAGUCAUAAAAGUUCUCAACAUUUUCCUCGACACUCCCACCGUGACAACGUUGGCUAUACUGAAAAAAAGCGACGCUAAAGAAGUUCUGUGCACGAUUAAUAUAUCGGACGUGAGCAACAACAUCCAGAAAGGUCUCGUUUUCUUCAAAUUGAAUGCGGUCGUCAUCACCGAGAGCAAUAUGCAGGAAAGUCUGCACAUAACAUCGUUGGUGGAUUCCCCCCUUGCUUCACUCUACGGAAACAUACACAAGGUGUUUUCUCCUGUGAUUCUGCAGCGCUCCCGAGUCUCACCCAAAUUCCAGGAGCUACUCGGGGAGCUGGAGACGGGUCUCGUUGCGAUAUUGAAUCGACCGCGGAGUGGGAACCUCCGCGAUCAAGAACGUCUGGCGGCCAUACUCGAGCCUUUGGAUGAACUUUCCUUCUGGAGAGAACUUGCUGGCAGUGCAUCAGGUGCAGAAUCCACGCGGGCGAAAAUAUUCGCAAGCUACUUGGAGCCAAUCGAGCAAAUCUAUGUCAAUUCGGUGUCUUUGGGUGAGCUGUCGGACAACGUCGAUACGUUGACGAAUUUUCUGGACGAUCUUUGGAAACAAGCUCACGUAAAGCCGCCCUAUCCCCAAGCGAGAAUGCGUCAUCUCCUCGACACCGUCGGAAUCACAAUCACCACCCAAAUUCAGGAAUCCUUGCGAGAUUCCCUGUGGACCAUGCGGUAUGAUCAGCUGCGGAUUGAGCUGGAGGUUGCUAUCGACAUCUGUCUGAAAUGGCAGGACGCCUGCCAGAAGCACACGGGGAUAUUCUGGCCACAGGAAGAGAAUCAGUGGAAAGGGGCUCCCUUCGUCCCCACUUACGUCGUCGGCUUCACUCAAAGGCUAUUACAGAUUCAGAGUCUGCGUACCAUACACAAUCAGCUCUCAUCGCUGGCUCGGUCCUCGUUGAAAGAUGAUCCUGAGGUUUUCGCUCCCUUGAUGAAGAUCGAUGCUGUUCAUUUCAAUCCUGCCACGCAGCAGACCUUCGAUAAAGCCGUCAUCGAUUUCGAGCAUCAUUUGAGUGCUGCGGAGAAAGCUGCUGCGAUUGGGCUCAAGAAACUCCUCAAAGAGGCGGGGAACAAUAUCGAUGGCGUUCUGAGCAUCAUCAAUCGCUAUAAGGACGUAGCGGUUCGGCCACAAGUUGUCCGAGAGCUGACGGCGGAGAGAGAGAAUAUGGUUGUUCAAAUGAAUGAGCACGUGAGCCACCUGAGGAGGGAAUACGACAACCGUAUGGAGAAUGAGGAUAAAAAUCGUAUAGCUCAGAUGCCUACCGUGGUCAACAACGUGAUCUGGGGCCGUCACCUCGAGUCAAAGGCGAGAUGA